CUCAGUAUUAAUGGCUAGUCGUCCCUAGUCAAACCAACACACACUACCCCCUUCAUCUCUCCCUUUCCCUCUCUGGAAACUUAACAUCCAACACCUCUCCCAUGGCGGCCCUCGUCGCCGAUCUCUUCGCCUUACUCAAAAUCUUUCUCUCAGUCCUCGCCUCUUUACUCUACUCCUAUUUCAUAUCCUCAAAGCUCCCAAAAGGCCUCCCAAGGCUCCUUUCUCUCCUCCCAAUCCUCUCCCUUUUCACUCUUCUCCCUCUUCUUGUCUCCUCCAUCUUAUUCGCCGCCAUUGUCUCCUCCAUCGUCACUUGGCUCACUUCCUUCAAGCUCCUCCUCUUUUCUUUCCAUUCAGGCCCUUUAGUUUCCGACCCACCACUUCCAUUUCUUCUGUUCGUUUCUCUCGCUUUUUUCCCAAUCAGAAUCAAGAAAAAGGAAUCCCAAAAACCCAUUGAUUCUCCUAAAUUGCCUAUCAAUUUUCCGGCGAAAGUGUUUUUGUUCACCGUCUUGAUGGCCGUCGAAGAUUCUCUGCCCCCUUAUAUGAAGCUCUGUUUUAAUUGUGUGGCUCUGUAUUUCUUCAUCGACAUUGUUGUUGGAUUUUUCAAUACGAUUGCGAGAUGGGUUUUUGGAAUCGAGUUCGAAGAGCCAUCCAACGAGCCGUAUUUAUCUACCUCGCUUCAGGAUUUUUGGGGGAGGAGGUGGAAUAUAUUGGUUUCAAAUCUUUUGAGAUUGACUGUUUUUAUACCAGUUAGGAGCGCCAUGAUCGACGUGGCAGGUCGGCGGCGGUCGGCGGCUGUGGGAGUGUUUGCGGUGUUUGUGGUGUCGGGACUAAUGCACGAACUGCUGUUUUACUAUGUGAACCGAGAGUCUCCGAGUUGGGAGGUUACUGGAUUUUUUGUGCUUCAAGGAGUUUGUGUACUGCUGGAAUUUCAGUUGAAGAUGGCGGUGGGGGAAAAGUUUCGUAUGCAUUAUGCGGUUUGUUGGGUGUUGACGAUGGGGUUUGUGGUUGUUACCGCCUCCUGGCUGUUCUUUCCGCCGGUUUUGAGGAAUGGGACGGUGGCCAGAUUAACUGGAGAUUGUAGGGCGGUGCUAGAGUUGGUGAAUGAUCUCGUUAAGUUCGUUCUUAAAAGUUCAUCUUGAAAGUACAAGGGAGAUCAUGAUGACUAAUUACAACUGCAUCCUUUCAUCAUAAUUUUGGUAGCACACAAGAGUAUCCAAUGGGCAUACUAAGAUUGAUAACACUGCCAGCACUCUAUUGCACGUUAUAUUUCAAUUUACAUUAUGGAUUAAGUAAUUUGUUUUAUGUCUGUCUUUGAAACUAUAUAUUUGUGACAAACCUUAAGUUUACAGCAAUGGUUUAUAGAUUAUAACUUCAAUAAUUUCUUGUUUAUAAUCAAUUUUACUACUACAGUGUAGCUUAUGGAUUUUCUGAACUUGGCCAAUGAAACAUGUACUGCGAUUCGACCCACUA